AUGGAGCAAAUAAGCUAUUGGAGGGAUCCUACAGAAGCUGAAACUAUCCUUCGACUCAAGAUCCAGCUUGUCACAGCCCUCGGGAUCAGUAUCCACCAAGAUAGCACUAAUGCAACAGUUAUCUACUCAUCGGCGCGUCAAUGGGCUCUGGCCGUUGGGGGAGAUAUCGUCUGGUUAUCGCUGGGGACACUCCUUCGGACAGCCAUGCAAAUGGGCCUACACCGUGAUCCAAAACAUUUCAAGAGAAUGAGUGUUUUACUCUGGGCCACCAUCUUAGAGCUGGAUGUGCAAGCGGCCCUAGACGCUGGAGUUCCACCUACCAUAGGGGUAGAUGACUCUGACACCGAGGCUCCGUCCAACGUCAAUGACGUGGACUUGAUGAGCAAACAAGGAUACUCCAUGAGCAUCCCGCAACAACGACAACCGACUCAUCCCUCCAGCGCUUCUCGUUCCAAUCACUCCGCCCGAGGCUGGAAGUCGCCCGUCCCAUGA